AUGACAGAGUUCAAUAAAGAACGAGCCUUAAGGGCUGAAAAACAAGUGGAAAGUCUAGAACGAGAAUUAUUAUUAAUUCGAACUCGCGCAAAACUGAAUAUGAAGAUAAACAUAGAAAGUCGAAAUAUAUCACAGAUACGGCAGCUUGAAACGAAAAAAAGGCAAUUAGCUGGACAGUUAGAGCAAGUAGAAGAAAUUUUUGGACGAUAUAAGAAGCGUGCACAUAUGCUGUUAGAGAUGAAUGAGAAUGAACAAAAGAAGCCAGCUAAUUCAGAAAGAACAGAUGAGCUAGAAACACUUGUGCAGCUAAUGCAAUCAGAGAAGAGUUUAUUAACGAACGGCUUGCGUGAAAAGGAGGCAUCAUCAAUUAUGCAGCUGAAAAACAAUGAAGACUUCAAUAAGAGGCUACAAUCAAUGGUAGAGUCAAUGGAUAAAGUAUCACAAAAGUACGAUGCUCUAAAGGCUAAAUACGGCAAAUUGCUGGAAAAUAAUCUUGACGUUGCUGAUCAGAGAAAUGAAUCUAUUACUUGCAUUACUUAUCAAAUGUAUGGUACAGUAGAAGAAUUGGAUGGUGCAACGGUGAGGAAUGAGGAGUUGGAAACAGAAAAGUCUGAGCUUAAGAAACAGUUAGUCAACAGUAAGAUAAGUGAUAUUGAGAGACUAGCAGUGUCUUUUCCAGAGAAAUACAUAUUCAUGAAGGUUCCCAAUAACUUCAAUGAGGAACCGACGUUCCGUUGUCAGCUCUAUCAUCGUCGUGGCAGGGAAAAAAAGUAUACCCGCUGA